AGAUCCCUUUUCGGACAUAGAGAGUAACACUGCGGAGGCUUAAAAGCAGAUAUGGGUUGGGGCAGGAGAAGAACACUAUCCACCAUCCAUGGGCACCAUGAGGAGGCAGCUGUGGGCACAGCCAUGGGUCCUGCAAGCCAAGGCCGGCAACCUCCAGGCAUCAUGGAAACUCAAUGGUCCAAAGAGCACCGGUCCCUCUCUUCUCUCAGCAGUGACAUGAGAAGGAACGGGGCUGGCGGGAUGCUGGGAAAGUUGGUGGUAAAAUAAAAGGAAUUCCUUUGCAGCGUCCUGUGGAAGCGGCUGAGAAUAGAGAACGGUGAAUUCAUUCUUCAUCCACAAUAAUUCCCAGCGGGGGGACACAGAAUGUGGGCGAUCGGCUGCUUGCUGACGACAAGUAUGAUAAUCCUGGGAGCGACGGGUACAGAUCACUUCUACCGCUCAGGGCGCAGAACAUGUUCGUCCGGCGCUCAAGCGGGAGUCCUGUUUGUGACACAAUCUUUCGUCCAGCCUGUUUACCAUCCACUGAUCACAAUCUGCGAGGGACAUCGCGUCUGUAGCACCUACAGGACCACAUACAAGAUCGCCUACAGACAGGUGACAAAGAAGGCACCUCUUCCACUGUACACAUGCUGCCCAGGCUGGAAACGGAUGGACAACCACAUACAGGGGUGUAACAAAGUGUCAUGUCCAUCACCCUGCCACAACGGAGGAACGUGUGUCGGCUACAACAAGUGCAAAUGUUCCACAGGCUGGAAGGGGGACCUCUGCCAGACAGAUGUGGACGAGUGCGCAAUGGGAAGCCAUCACUGCGCACAAACCUGCGUGAACACUGCCGGCAGCUUCCAUUGUGGGUGCCAGGAUGGAUUUCGUCUAUCGGAGGAUGGGAGAUCAUGUGACAAAGUGGAAAUGGCAGCAACUACACAGCCACCUCUGCUGCCUCCUGUAGCACAUGCAACAGUGGGAGUCCCAGAGUUUGUCACGGAGGAAAUACAAGAACUGAGGAACAAGAUCGAAGUUCUAGAGCAGAAACUUCAGCUGGUUUUGGCUCCAUUUCACAGCCUAACAACCUCGUCCCCAGAGGACAUCCUCGGCCCCAUCACACUUCUGGCGCACUCCUUCCAGCAGUUGGACAGGAUAGACUCACUCAGCGAACAGAUCUCGUUCUUGGAGGAGCGGCUGGAGACAUGCUCUUGUAAGAACGAACUUUGACCUCCAUGGCACACAAAAUACGAACACCAAAGGCCCCCCGACCUGCAAGACUUGUGGCCACUACACGAUACAAGAACUGUUAUAUUGCCUCUUUAUUUAUGAUGUCUGCAAGAAGAACUGUCUGUGCUACUCAUAGCAAUCAGAGGCUUCCCUUCAUUCUCCUAUGCUGCUCUUGUAAACUGAAGGGAAGAAUCUGAUUGGUCGUUAGGUGCAGAACAUGCGGUCCUUCUUGUACACCAUUUGAACAUUAAGGCUCGGUAUUCUAUGUGCCAAAUGGGGAUGUAUAUACAUUGUCCGGCGCUGGUUCUAAUCCAGUUAGAACAGAACUUUCAGAAAGGUAGCUUUAUGGGCAGCAAUAGUUUGAAAAACACCAACUAGAAUACAUUUUUUUUUUUACUUCUAUGAAUCUGAAUUUGAUGAAAAAAAAAAUUGUCUGGCGACUGGGAGACUCGGCUAUCUGUAUGCAAUCAAUCUGGUAAAUACUCAGUAAUAUUUAUACAUUUCUUGUAAAUAGUUUAUAAAACUUUCCAUACAAA